AUGUGGGGAUACCAGGUGGCCCAGGGGUUCGUCUUUGCUGUGGAGGAGAUCAACAGAGACGCCCGCCUGCUUCCUAACCUCACGCUGGGCUUCUCCAUCCGGAACUCGGGGGACUCGGUGCACGGAGCCCUCCACGAGACCAUGGGCUUUCUCACAGGACGCGAGGAGCCCGUCCCCAACUACACGUGUGGGCUCAGCCCUCCCCGGGCUGCCCUGGUCGGAGACACGCGCUCAGAGGUUUCCGUCCCCAUAGCCAGGCUUCUGGGGCUCUACAAAUUUCCCCAGGUCAGCCACUCAUCCACCCUGACCAGCCUCAGCGACAAGACCCAGUUCCCGUCCUUCCUUCGGACCCUGGCCAGCAACCUCGUGUCCUCUCACGCACUGGCCCAGCUCGUGCUCCACUUCCAAUGGUCCUGGGUGGGCGUUCUGGCACAGGACGAUGACUUCGGGCAGCAGAGCAGCUCUCUGGUGACCCGGGAGCUGGGCCAGGCCGGAGUCUGCAUCGAGUUCCACCUCCACGUCCCCUCCCUACAGACCCUGGAGAAGAUCAGCACCAUCGUCCACAAGAUGGAGAAGGGCACCGCCACCGUCAUUCUGGUCUUCCUGAGCAACUCGAAUUUCCAGCUCAUCUUGCAGCGCCUGCUGGGCCGCGGCACCGUGGGCCAGGUCUGGGUCAGCCGAGAGUCCCUGUUCAUAGCGUUUGCCCUGGCCACGCCGGGCGCCUCCCAGGUCCUGCGGGGCUCCUUCAGCCUUCUGCAGCACACCAGCCUGGCCCCUGGGCUCCCGGAGUUCCUCUCCCGCCUGCACCCCACCAGGACCCCAGAAGACAUGUUCAUGAAGCGGUUCUGGGAGGUCACCUUCAGAUGCACGUGGCCCCGAGGGAGCCAGGGGCCAGCGGGAAACACCACGGUGCCGGGGGGAGUCCGAUUCUGCUCUGGGAACGAGAGUCUGCCAGGCCGGGGGCAGCCUUUCCAGGAAAUGAUUAAAUUAGACGUGGCGUACUCUGCCGUUCACAGCAUCGCCCGCGCCCUGCACGAUCUGGCGGCCUGCGAAAGCGAGGAUGAGGCGUGUGCGGACCCUCGGCACUUCCAGCCCUGGCAGCUUCUUCGAGCCCUCAGGAAGGUGCAUUUCAAGACCCCCGAUGGGACAGAGAUCAUGUUUGAUGCCAACGGAGAUUUAGUUACAGAGUUUGAUAUUCUACGUGGGCAGAAGACCGCGGAGGGUCCAUUCCACUUUGUCCGCAUAGGCACGAUCAACCCCAGAACCUCUUUGGGGGACAGAGUGACAAUCCACUUGAUGAAGGAGGAGCUCCAGGUCCCCAGCUCUGUCUGCAGCAGGAGUUGUGCUCCAGGGUCCAGCCAGAUCCCCCGACCAGGGUUCCCACAUUGCUGUUUCGAGUGCAGCCGCUGCCCGGAGGGACAGUUUGCAGACCACACAGACAUGAAGCAAUGUCUUCUGUGCCCAGAGGAGCAGUACUCAAGCCACAGCAGAGACCACUGCCUGCCCAGGACAGAGAUCUUCCUGGCCUUCGACGAGCCCCUGGGCCUCACGCUGGCCUCGGCAGCACUCGUGCUGGCUGGGCUGGUGCUGCUGGUCCUCGGGGUGUUUCUGAAGCACCGGGACACGCCUGUGAUCAGGGCCAACAACAGAGCUCUCAGCUACCUGCUCCUCGCCUCCCUGGCCCUCUGUGCUCUCUCUGCCUUGCUCUUCCUCGGCCGUCCCACCGCUGCCACUUGCCUCCUCCGCCAGACCACCUUUGCCAUUGUGUUCACUGUGGCUGUCUCCUCCAUCCUGGCCAAGACCCUCACUGUGGUCCUGGCCUUCAGGGUCACUAGGCCGGGGGACAGGGUCCAGGUGUGCCUGCGACCUGGCGCCUCUACCUCGGUAGUCCUCGUUGCCUCCUUGGUGCAAGUUGUUCUCUGUGGGGUCUGGCUGGGCACCUCCCCACCAUUUCCAGAAAGGGACACAGCCUCAGAGCCCAGCCACAUCGUCAUCCAGUGCCAGGAGGGCUCUGGCGUCGCUUUCUACUGCGUGCUGGGCUACCUGGGCCUCCUGGCCGGGGUCACCUUCUCUGUGGCCUUCCUGGCCAGGGGUCUGCCCGAUGCCUUCAACGAGACCAAGUUCAUUACCUUCAGCAUGCUGCUUUUCUGCAGCGUCUGGACAACCUUCCUGCCCCUGUACCACAGUGCCCGGGGCAAGUCCACUGUGGCUGUGGAGAUCUUCUCCAUCCUGGCCUCCACUGCAGGGCUGCUGGGCGGCAUCUUUAUCCCCAAGUGCUACAUCGUCCUGCUAAAGCCAGAGCGAAAUGCCCCAGACUGGUUGAGGCGAGGACGCCGGGCUCAGUGGGAAACACAGAGCAAGGAGCCCCAGAGCAGGCGCCUCCCCCAAGGCCCAUCCUCACGAACCAGUCCUCGCUGA